GAGUAGAGACUGACAGACAGAGAAGUACGAUGGCUGCAGUCAUGUGGAUUCAAAUGUCUUCAUUCCUGCUGCUGAUGCUUCAGAUUACAGCAGAAACAACACCACAGACUUUGUCGUUAAGAGCUGCCAGAGCUGGACAUGACAUCAUUUUGUCUUGUGAAAAUGUGAUCGAUGGUCAACAUAACUGUGACUAUACUACCUGGAUAUUCAGUGUUUCAAGAAACACACCAUCAGUAGAGCUGGUAGCUCAUGGACAGAUUAAAGAAAAUGUUACAGCUGAAUACACCAGACUGAAUGUUACAGCGAACUGUUCUCUGCUUAUAAAGAAGGUCAAAGUUGAGGAUGUUGGUCGUUACACCUGCAGACAGUACAAAACAAGAGGAGGACAACAAGAAGGUCCAGACUUUAUGAUUGAUCUGUCUGUUAUUAACAUGACUGAACAUGAGAACAAUGAUAAAGUCAUUGUGAACUGCUCUGUGCUGACACAUGAACACUGUAGACACACAGUGGAGUGGCUGCAUGAGGGUGAAAAGAAAAUAUCAGACGUGGAGAUAAAACCAGGCUCCUGCUCUGUGACUGUGACAUUUAAAAGAUCUCACCAUGAUCAGAAGUCAAAGUUUUAUAAUUCAUUGAAGUGCAAAGUGACAGAUGAUUACACUAAAGAAGAACAACUGUUUCCCUUCAAACUCAAGUCCUCAGGUGAGAAAACAGGUGAAAACACAAAAUCAACAACUGCAAAAUUCACCUCAACAACAACAACAAUGAGAUCAAUAAAAUCUUCUCCAGAACCAAGAAAAACCUCAGAAGGUUUUCUGUUCAGAUGCAUCAUCGUGUCUGUGGGUUUCGCAGCACUCCUAAUAUCUGCUGUUACAGUCAACAUGUGGACAAAAACCAAAGGAAUCAAAACACAGAUGAAAGGAAACACUGUGCAUAACGAAGAAGAUGAUGUUACUGUGAACUAUGAAAACACUGGAGACUCUGCUGCUUCUGUCAAACUGCACCGAUCAACAACUUCAACAUCAACUCACCUCAGAAAUGAAAUUAAUUAUUUUAUUAUUCAUUUAUUUCAUCUCAUUUUCAGAAAACAAAUCAUUUUCUAUGUGCACUUCGCUUCAUCUAAUAGGAAAGAUAACAUUAAAUAA